GUGAGAGAGUGGUCGAUUGAAGCAGAAGUCAGUCAACACACACGUAGUCUGACUCAUAUUUGACUGACGGGCAAGCAUGUAGUACACACACGACAAGCAGAAGCUCAUCAGAAGCUGAGCGGCACUCUGCAGUGGCGGCUGCAUCAUCGCAUCAUAUCACAUACAUCUCACGCACCACAUCUUAAAGCAGAGUGCCACACCUACGAGCAAACACCACCGACUCAAGAACACCUGACCUUAAUUCGCCGCAAGAUGGCCAACACACACACACACACACAUCUGACAAACACCAUACCAACCCUCUCCCUCCCCUCUCCCCUCGGCCGUCGGUCAUCUGCUGCUGGCGCCGUGGUCAUAGCUGCCGGGCAGCUUGAAGGUCUUGGUGAGCGGCAUGACCUUCUCGCGCAUCAGUCCGAUGAUGGGCAUGGUGCGGUACUUGAGCCGCAAAGUCACAUUCCUGUCCCGCAGGUAGUCUUCCCCCUUGAGGACGUACUCAACCUGCUCGCUGCUGAGGCUGAGCACCGAGUCGUCCACCGUCUCGAUGAUCUUGUCCCAGACGGUGACCUCGUUGCGCUUGUGCUUGCUCGUGACGUAGGACGCCGUGAGGUAGACGAAGAGCUGCUUGAGGUUCCAGUGGAACUCGGAGGAGAGGUCCGCCUCCAUGUUGAAGGAGAAGACGGCCUGGUCGCCCUGCCGCGUGUUUCGGAUGGGGAAGACCUUCUCCACCUCGAGCACAUCCAUCCGCGGCGUCGGGUCAAACAUCACAUAGGCCGACAGGUGGUUGAGCACGGCGAAGAAGGCGAGGCAGCUCAGGAAGCUGCAAAACAGCGUGUUGGCGCGAGUCGACAGUGUUUCCAUCAUCUUGGUCGACAAUGUCUGUGGGCUUUCCACACACACACACAAUGCACAGACUCUUGCCGCCAGUCGCAGUGACCGACAAAACCGCUGCGUCCCUGCACAGACAGCCACAGGAGCCAACACGUGGACAGCGCAAUCCUUCAGAAAUCAGAUAGAUUGAUGAUCAUUCGGCUCCUGCAUGGUUGCCCACCUGCAGGGAUGUGCUCACAGGCUCGAAAUGGCUUCAGAUCUCGCGAGUCGACCCACCUGCGAGCUCAGAUCUGAGACGUCCAUCAUUUGAUUGAAGCAGCAGGAGCAGGAGGCUGG